AUGCAAAGACAGAGGAAGAUCACUAAUAUGGGGGUGAAAUCUGGAAAACAAAGAGAAAACAAUGUUUCCACGCCUGCCGCUGCUAACAGUGAAGGAGUAAUGGCGGACCCCACGCCACCACCUGUUCUUGCGCCAGUACAACCGGUCCAGCCUCUGGACGUUGAUAGUCCUAACCCGGAUGCAAGAGGACGCGGGCGCGUUUUUGCUGCCGCUUCUCACUCCGGACGUAAAAGUUUGUUUUUUGCUAAAAGUAAGCGGUUCAACGUACCGAUUUUUGCCUGGUGUCGGUGGUGUCUGAUGUUGCCUCGGCGCCUGGACUGUUUCCUUGACUGGUUGCCCGCGUCUGCCGCCUGUCACAGCCUGUCACGGUGUGUCCCUGCUGUGCCCACCAUCACGCUUGCUCCCGGGGCUGCCUCCGGCCAAGCCACGCUGUGCUCUUCUCAAUCAGUGGAUUACAACCCGGUUACUGGCCGGCCUGCACCCCGGAGCAGCCAGCCAGCUAUGCGGCUACUGUUCGUGGCUUUCCUGCUGGCCUCUCUGCGGCUCCUGUCAACACCGGCUCCGUCCAUGGCGCUUCGUUACACGUCCUCACAGCUCAUCAGACGCAACCACCGCGCACCUCCUUCACUGGACAUCACCUCAACUCUGCAACAACACUGUCUUGUCCGCCGUCGCCCCUACAUCCACCGAGGGUCCCGUCGCAAUCUUGUCUUCAAUUUCACAGGCAAAAGCAAUAUUCCCUCUGUCUGGUCCGCCUGCAGAUCAAUGCGCAGCUCACACUGGCUUGGUUCCAACAACAUCCGCAUACGUCAUCCGAGCACUCAUCACACACAAGAGUCUCCGGUGCAGAGCAGCGCAUAUCCGGAAGACGUGACUGAGAGCCAUGAUGCUAAACUUUCUGAGAUGGAGUUGAAACUGGAGGCCGGCGCUGUAAUCUUAGGAUUGUUGGCCUUGAAGAAGGCAGCGAGGGUACAAACCCAGUGUCCUUUUUUAAGUCAUGGCUGCCUGCGCUUGUCGGUGAGUGAUAAUUUCAGAGGAGGCGUUGUUAAGAUUGACCGCUGCCACCGCGCUCUCACCCGUCGCCCUCCCGCAGGACAAAGACCACGAGCGGUCAUCAUGAAGCUCCACAACUUCCAAGAUAAGGUCCGGAUCAUGCAAGCGGCCCGGAGGCUGAAGACCCUGAGUUACAAAGGUGCCUCCGUGAUGAUAUUUGAGGAUUUCUCUGCCGCUGUGGUGAAAAAGCGACAAGAAUUCACCGCAGUCAAGCGACGAUGCAGAGAGCAGGGUAUUGUAUUUGCUAUGCUGUACCCAGCUGUUUUGAGAAUCAGACAUCGCGGGGAGGAAAAGCUCUUCAGGCACCCAGCGAAUGCAACCGGCUUUCUGGACGGGCUGAUCGGUGCGAGGAUGCCAUCACCAGCCUCUUCUUAA